UGGGCACUACAUGAGUGGAGAGAGGGCCUUCAGUUCUCAUCGCUGCCUCCUCUCCUCUGCUCUCCUCUCCUGAAGGACAGACACACACGCUGGGACACACAGCCCAUGUAACGUGGUUCUACAGCGAGGACUGAGGAGCUUCGGACACCGGGAGGAGCCUCUGUUCUGUGAUCUGAGCAGGAUGGAGAGCAGAGGACCUCAGAGAAGAUGACAAGCGCUGACACAGAUGUCCUCUCUCUGCGCUGGAUGGUGGCUCUCACACACACCGUUGUGCACCAAAGGAACCAUGGGAAACGUCUUCCAGUGCUGCCACGCUCUCUCCAACUACUUUCAGUACCAGGAUCCUCUGGCUCAGUGUGGGCUCGAGCAGUCGCCUCUGCUGUCCAGCGAGGAAAGCGAAUGUGACUCCCUGAGCCUGACGUGCAGCUUGGAGGACGACCUGUUCUCUGUCUCCACUGGCGUGACCAACCUUCAACCAGAACACUUCCUGUAUCCUGACAUCAUCCUGAGCAGCAACCCGGGAGGGGAGGUGACUCUGGUGGAGCCCAUGGUGUGUCUCCUGGUGUCGGAGGAGGAAGACGGAGACGCGAGGGCCGACGGGGAGGCAAGAGGCAGGGCUUGCUCCGAGGCCGAGACUCAGACAGAAGCUGAGACGCAGAUCGGGACAGAAACCCAAACUGAGACACUUGGUGAAACUUUAGAGAGAGGGACAAAGACACUCACAGCUUCUAGAGAAGAAAGGAUACAAGAAGACACACAAACGUCACAAGACAGACGACGUCUACAGCCGGGAGAAAGAAACAGACUGAAGUUUAAACUUGAGAUCACUUCAACAAAGAAAAUUUCACAAAUGGAACAAAUCAUUGAGCUACAAGAGGAGGAUGCUUUCGAGUCAGCAUAGCACCUUGUGCUGGCACACUGACGUGAAAAAGACAAAAUUCAAAAUCACUUCAGUGAUACUGACUGAACACAAAUAAAAAAAAACAAGAAUAACAACACUGGACUUGUGAGUAACUUGUAUCGCGACAGUCAUGAACAAAAACACGUUUGUCUCGUCUUAUCAGCCCGGAAAUGUAAAAUAAAUCAUUGUAUUAUCUGCAUACCGUAAAUUAAAGCAAAAUCACAAAAAGACCUCAGUACGGCGGAUCUGCUUGGAUCCGGAGCUCAGAAGAGCCUCUGACCCCAGAAACGUCUUCAUCUGGGUCGAGCCUCAUGAACUGAACUGUGCCAAGCAUACAUUAUUCACACGGGCCGGAGCGAGCACAGCAAACAGACACAAAAAAAUGGUCAUUUACAACAUCAUACUCUGAGCGUAACAUCUUGCAAUACUGUAUGAAAUCUAAAGCUUCAUCAAUUUUUCCUAAAACUCAUCCUAUAAACCUUUGCCUGUAAUCUGUUCUGUUUUUUAAACACCAAACAACGCUUCCGUUUUUCAACAACUCAACUUCAAGUGAAUGAAAGUUUCUGCUAACGCUGUUUGUAGAGCUCAUCUCAUCUGUUAAUAUGUCUUAUGGAAAAAGACAAUCUGUCUACAUGAUAACUUCUACAAUCUGCAGUAGGAUUUUUUGAUGUAGAGAAAAAAAAGAGUGAAACCUGAAAGUUGAACUAAAUGUUAAGGGAAAGGUCCAGAUGGAAAAAGGAAAUAAUUAUCCAUGAAAGCAAAAGGCUUGAGACACACCACACUACAUGCCUUUUUAACAGGCGUGUGGACGAAGUAGACCUUACAAAACUGGAUGUUCUGUUAAAACGAAGGUCAUGGAUAGGAUGCAUCAAUGACUGACAGGUAGCAGGUGCUGUAAAUAAUUAGGUUACCCAGGUUUAGUUGUCUUUUUUGAAAGACAAGCUGUUCCUGCUUGAAAGAAUUUGUUGAAAUAUGUACUCUAAAAAAUCAUUGUCGAUAAAAUGAACUUAUACGUACUUUUAGAUAAACGAACAAGCUCAUUUUGUGCAAUGUAUUCUGAGUCAUAUUAAAGCAACAGUGU